AUGAGACAAAUCUAUGAAGAUGUGAGCAGCUCAGCGAAGUCCAAAAAACUUCCUGUGAAAUGGAUGGCCCCAGAAUCACUCUAUCAAGGCCUUUACACUACCAAAAGUGAUGUGUACGUACAAAAGAUUCCCACUCUUUUAAACACAUUUCGAUACAUCGCUGCUGAGAAAACCUCAGCUACCCUAAAAAUCGUGAUCAGUGAGUGAGGAAACAGGCUGAUACCUGAUCAGUUGUAUUUGUGACAAGCCAUGCCAGUAGGUUUUUUUUGUUUUGAACUAGGCUUUAUGUCUGAAAUCAUAAAUAAGUGAUAAUCGGCAUCAAUUAUGUACGCAUUAUAGAGAGUAUUAUUACUAAGCACCAUGCUUUCUUUCUUUCUUUCUUUCUUGCUUUCUUUCUUACAUUUAAAUGCAACUGUGACCUCUAUUCAAUCACUAUUCUUUUGCAAAACUGCAUUAUUGAGUGCGGGGAAUGAAGAGUCGUGGACGUUGACAUUUGCAGUAGAAAUCUAUCCAAGGGAAUGAGCCGUAUUUUCAAAUAAUAACAUGUAUAUUUUUUCUUUCUCAUAACGUGAUCAGGAAGCGUACCAAACCCCACGCUGACCAACUCAGAGUUGUAUCGACUGCUUGGCACUGGUUAUCGCAUGGAAAGGCCUGACAUGUGCUCCGAUGAUGUGUACGUUUCUUGGUGAGAAUGGUCGUAAAGUUUACAAAUAGAUUCGAAUUUCCGUGCGUCUUCUUAGUUAUAAAUUAUAGCAAUGACCGUUGCAGAAGACAAGUCGGUUGGCGAUUUUGACGUUUUUUUCGAUCAAAUUGAUUACUGAACAGACGGAUAGCAAAAUCUUAGCUUAAAUAUUUGUUUCAUACAGCAAUAUGAUAGUGUUAACACUUUAACAGAGAUCGACUGCAAGGAUUUUUUUGUCCAUGUUUGAUAUUUCUUAAUUGAUUAAAACUUGGUAUUUUUCUCUUACCUGGUAACAGCUUUAUUAGCAAAAUUUGGCGAUGUUGGAUAAUUCUUUCAACUUUAAACAACAUUUCCAGCAGACCAUUCCAAAACCAUCCACCACGCGAGGGUCCCGUUGCUGUCGUGUUUUCUCUCGCGUGUCGCACGUGCGUGUACUUGAAGAGAUCCCCCAAAUGGAGAGCUUGCUCGCAGGCUAGGCAAGAAACCGACAAGCCUAAUGAUCCGGCGUGAGUGGCUCCCAGCUGGUCUAAAGGAAAAACUGUUCUACUAAAUUGGGGUAUCUUACGUCAAAUAGAAACGGUUUCUAUGUACGUAAUAAUGGAAUGGAACUCUUACUAACUUAAAUUGUUGUUGUUGUUGUUUUUUAUUCAUAACAGAUAUGAGCUGAUGACUGACUGUUGGAAGGAGGAACCACGCUCUCGUCCCAGUUUCUUUCAGAUGAUCGAAAAACUGGAGGUGAUGAUGCAGAGUGAUGCACCAUACUUGGAUCUAAACAAACAUAAUGAAGAUCAUCCGUAUUACAACGUGCCCCCUGAAGCUAGUGGUGACUAAUGUGAAGAAGGAGCUUCCCCAAUA